AUGUAAAGAAAAAUUGGCAAGUUAGCAUAUAUUGGAGCUAAUAAAUUUAUAAUAGCCCCCAAAAUCAAUAAACAAUUUUAAGUUUUUAAAACUAUGUUAAUGAUUUGUGGAGGAACAGGUAUUACACCUGCUUUCUCUAUAAUCAAAUAUGUUUGCCAAAAUAAAGACCCACUUCAAAUGCAUCUAUUAUAUGCAAACAAAACAUCUUAAGAUAUUUUAUUAAAAGACUAAUUAACUAAGUUCCAAAAUGAGUGCCCUAAUUUAAAAGUCACUCAUAUUUUAGAUAAAGAACCAGUAUAUAAAGGAUUAUAAGGGUAUGUAACUUUGGAUGUGUUAAAAUAAGUCUUCCCUUCGCCCAAUAAUGAUACUAUAGGCACUUUUUGUGGGCCCACUGCCAUGAAUAAGGUUGUGGCUGAAUUAUAUAAGAACUACAGCGUAAAGACUGUAGUGAAAUUCUGA